UCUACAACGAGCACGAUCGGAGGCGCCAAGAAUGUGGCGGGAGCUUUUACAACGAGCUCUGUUACUGCUAGUGGCCCAGCACCGCCUCGUGUGCCGCCAACGACGCACUAUCUUGCUCCACAUGACGCACACUGGAUGCAGGCUCGGUGCACGCGAAAGCUACUGACGCAAGCAGUACCAUUGUUAGAGGCAGUUGGCCGUCUUUUUUUGGCUAUUCUUGACGCCGCUGGCAGGAAGAGCAAGGCAAGAGUCACCUCCUCCGACGUUGCCACGUCGACGAGCGCGUCAAUAGCAAGAGGAAAAACGACUGAGAAGACGCAAGAUGAAGUAUUGAAAUUUCUAGCGGAAGAAGCUAUCCGCGCACUACAUCGAGGACGCGCAGUUGCGCCCAACUUGACCACUCAACCAAGUAAGUACUAAUAUUUAGUUUUUUCGUUACUAUCUUUAUCACUAUCUGCUGGUGCUGCUGCAAAUCUUGACUGGCUUUCACCCUUUAGGUGAAGGUUUAGGUCCCGCGACGGUCAAAGCAUUAAGUAAAGCAAGCGGUUAGUUUUCACCUCUACAAAAUUAGGCCUAUCUCGUGCAACAAUAUCUCUAUCACUAUCUCUAUCGUCGUGUUCCCUUCUUCAAAAUGUAAGUUUGCUAAUGUGGUUCUGAUUACGAAGGAAGAUUCAAAUCUGUGUCGACUUUUUGAGGUGGAUACAUUUAUCAUAGAGUAAGGUAAAUAACGGGUUUCGGGUUGCUCGAGUUGCAGCGGGUUGCUCGGGUUGCCGAAGCGCAGGGGUUCCAAAUCUGGAACGGGUUGCCAUGGGUUGCCAGGAGAAUCCUGACCCAGCAAAAUGGGGCGAAGCCGGGCGGUAUGGAGGGGCGUCCGUGCGCUCUAAGUGAAGAAAUGGAGAAGAGCGCAGUUUCUUUUUUGUUGUUGUUGCUCAUGAAAGGGGCAGCCACGUUUGGAGGGCUCUGCAGGCUUUCGGGCUCUUCUUUUGUAGCGUGCGGGCGCGUGUUUGAAGCGAAAACAAGGAGCGCAGGCCCCUGCUCUCUGUUGUUUUUCUUUGAGGUGAGUGGCGCUGUUGUUUGUCGUCUCCGAGUCGUUGGCGAUCUCUCCCAUUUAUUUUUCUUCGGGUGCGAGCGUGGCCAAUCUACUUGGGGGCUGAGAGCGAGUCUCCGCCUGCUGGCUUCAGCGGGCGACGUGUCCAGUCUUGGGUAUAGCAGUAAGUAUACUGGAGGAGGUUGCUAAAUUGGUAUUGGAAUUAUACACGAGCGCGCCGCCAUCAGUAUGCAACUACGGCGCGGCGCGUGGUCGUGUCGUGCGCUCCUGUUAAGAUCUCUCGUAGGGUCAUAAAUCUGCGCCCGAAGGGCGCCGCGCAAAAAAUUUGGGUUGGCAACUCGAGCAACCCGAGCAACCCGACCCGAUAUGGGCCAAAAAAAACCUAACUCUAUUAUCAAUCUGCUUGCGAUUAAAUUCUUGUACAUCAGUUUGUAAUGAAUUGAUUCCACAGGUGGAGCAGGCGGGCUGACAUCGGUGUCUUGCUACGCGGAUGCAGUUUUUGAUGGCGCCGAAAAUGCAGUCAUCGAGCAACUCCAACUCGGACUUGUCAUUCAACAAAGGAAAAUUUUUGAGAGUGGUUCGCCCUGUUGUAGCGACCUUCUACAUGUGGUUGCUCUCUGUGGAGCAGCCUCUUCACCGGAUGCUGAUUUCAAAAGAAAAAACUGGUUGGGGGACCAGUCUUCAUCGACGCCUACUGCUCUGCGGGGUGCUGACAAAUCUAAAAAAGAUCAACAAACCAGUCAAACCAACACCAAAUUGAAAAGUGGUACGACUGCUCCAAUAAUUUUACCUCCCUUUCUGCCAGAAGCUUUGAUGCUUGACAGGAGGAUGGUUGCGGGAAGGCAGCAGACACAGCCUCCGACGAGGAUGAAGCAUGACUUGCGUCAAUAUGGAGCUGACCAGAAUGAGAAGUUUGGGAGUCGUGCUUUGGAGGCUGAUGACGCAGUACUGUCAGUACUACAACGAGACCAAGAGCAAGAACUAGACCAAGACCAACAAGAUCCUCCUUCAACCGAAGCUGGAGCCGAACGAGAUCAUGUCGAUUCAUGCUCUACCUUCUACAAGAUUCGACGGUCCAGAAUAGUCGACCAAAUAUUAAAUUCUCUGCUUGGGAAGUUCUGUGCUCAUUCUCGUCAGCAUGAAAAUAUAAAUAGUUGUGACAAGAGUGAAAGCAGGCUGAGAGACCUCUCACUACAUCGGCCGUUUCUUCAGCUUUGCCUCAUCUUGGGCGACGUGGGGUACAUCAGUGAGCGCAGUGUACAAUUUCAGACACCAGCGCAAGCGGAUCCCUAUCUCUUCUCCUUACCACUUGUCUCGUCUGACUACAUGGCGAUGAUAAACGCCCACGCGGCUGCAGCAUAUCCUAGGAAGAGUGCUGCAUCUAAAAGGAAAAGCACGACCCAUGAGCCCAUACCUGGAUCUGAAGGGAAAGGCAAACCCGUCAAUGGCCGCGAUCAGCAUAAAGGUGACAAUCAUGAUGUAAAAAGCAGGGGUCCUAUUAACUACAAAGCAACAGUGCCAGUAGCUGUAGCACAGAUGACUGGAUCAUCUUCUAGUGGAAUUCCGCAUAGCAAACAUGCAACAGGAACAGCCACAGCAACAAUUCUAGGUGCUAGUGGAUCAGUCAAUGCAAGUACAUCUUUAAUACCUCCAGCACUUUUUGAUCCAACGCAGGCAGUGGGUGCAGAGCGUUGUCCGGCAGAUGCUUUGGAAUAUUCGAGUGGUGGCGUUAGUGCGACAGCAAACUGUGUUAUUGGCUUUCGGCAUGCAGCGUCGGUGUCGGCACUUUUCGCCCUAGUCUUGGCAGCUCAGGUGAGUCAAGACAGAGAACGAUUUUCGUCCUUCAUUGCUCAAUCUUCAUCUACUUCUGCGUCAGGGGCUGGUGCGGGAGCAGCGGGAGGAUCGGAAGGAGCUUCC